AUGCACCAGGUGGUGAUCUACCUUAGCCAGCAGCUCUACUCCAAAGAUGUGCACUUCCUCACACCUCUUCCUCUCUGGAGCUCGAGAUUCUGUAACCGUGCAAAAUCAUUUUCCGUGGGCUCUGUUGAACCCAGUUUCAUCAAGUAUGAUGAGGCUGGAUGUUCAUGGGUUGUGCGUGCAAGACCAUACAAAGUGGCAAGGGAUAUCCGUGAUACCACAGUGGCAGAUGAUCAUCGUCAAUUGACCUCCACUUUCAUUGCUAAUAGAGUUGCCAAUGAAAUAAAGUCACUCCCUACAUACACAAUAAAGGGAGUGAUAGACUUGGUAAAGGAACUAUUUGGUUACAAGGUGAAGUAUGGGAAGGCGUGGAAGGCCAAACAAGCUGCAUUUAAGAUCUUGUAUGGUGAUUGGGAAGAAGCAUACAACCGCCUCCCUAGGUUGUUGGGAGCGAUGGCGGCAAGAAACCCAGGAACAUAUCAUGUGGUGGAGGCUAUUGGAUCGAAGACUAGGAUUGUGAAUGGUGAAAGUGUCAGAGUAUUUGGCCGUGCGUUUUGGGCAUUCGGGCCAAGCAUAAGGGCAUUCAAGCAUUGCCGGCCAGUUAUGGCUGUUGAUGGAACAUUUUUGACUGGGCGGUUCAGGGGCACAUUGUUGGUUGCCAUAGGGCACGACGCCGGGGACCAACUGUUGCCUUUGGCUUUUGCUUUGGUUACCGCAGAGAACAACGACAAUUGGGAGUGGUUCAUGCACCUAGUGAGGACCAAAGUUAUUGAACCGAACAAAGAGGUUUGCAUCAUCUCGGACCGCCACCAAGGGAUACUCAACGCAGUUGAGAAGGAAAUUCCAGGGUGUGCUCGUGUCCACCAUCGAUGGUGCAUGAGGCAUUUCUGUUCCAACUUCUAUAGGGCAUGUGGGAACAGCAGUAGAUAUGGUACAAGUCAUUAA